AUGUUUGCAGUAGCUGUUCAUGCUGGCGCGGGUUUCCACUCUCCUUCGAAAGAACGCUCAUACAAGGAUGUGUGUAUGAAUGCUUGUGCUGCAGCUGCACGCAUUCUUAAUGAUCCAUCGGUCGAGUUCGCUGCCCUCAAUGCUGCUACUGCCGCAAUUUCAGUUUUAGAGGAUAGUCCCCUUACAAAUGCUGGGUUUGGGAGUUGCUUAAACUUUGACGGACAUGUCGAAUGCGAUGCUGGACUUAUGUGCGGCAAAAGCCUUUUGUUUACAUCGGUUGGAAGUGUCUCUUGUGUAAAGAAUCCAAUACAAAUCCCAAAACACUUAAUUCUACAGCAUCUUACGGGACCUGUAUCUCCUAUCGGUCGUGUUAAGCCCUUGAGUCUUUGUGGGGAUGGAGCAAGGCGCUGGGCUUCAGAAGUUGCUGGUAUUCAGAUUCUUCCAGACCAUUGCCUCAUAUCACAUGCGGCAAAAAAUAGGUGGCGGAGGUACCGUGGACUUGUAGAUGAGCGUGAUCGUAGUGUUGCAUCUUCUAUUGAUGAAAUAUCGCACUUCAAGAAACCUAGACAUGGCGACAAACUAGAUACUGUUGGUGCAGUUUGUCUAGACACUUCCGGUAAUAUAUGUGCGGCUUCCUCGAGUGGUGGAAUUCCUUUAAAGCUGAAGGGUCGUCUCGGACAAGCCUGUGUUUAUGGUUGUGGUUCCUGGGCAGAGGUCACUCCUGCUGUUUCAGUUGGCUGUGUCACAUCUGGAACCGGUGAACAACUCAUAAAAACUCAACUCGCGCAACGAGUGGCUUCAAAGAUUCUUAAACGAACCGAUGGUUCUCUCCCAAAUAUCGUAAAUGCGUCUUUUCAGGAGGACUUCCUUGAUUCACGAUUCUUAUCUAAUGAAACUACCAGCAAACUUGGCGGUAUCGUGGGUAUAGGCAAUACUGGCGACGCACGAGACCCCUUAUCGUCUUCGGUUGUCGAAUUCUUUUUCAAGCAUUCUACGGAGUCUUUGGCCUACGGCUUUUAUAUCAGUAAUCAAAUGACAAAGCCAUUAGUUGCUGUAUCACGAAAAUCACGUACUCUCCCAACAGGAUCAGACUACUAUGCUUUCACUUGCAAAUAA